AAAUGAUGCCAGAAUUUUCAUUUUAAGGUGAAUUAUCCCUUUAAAACGUUUCAUUCUGUAUAAAUAUGAAUCACAACAACAUGCAUACAAAAUAUAUGAAGUUAUAUACAGCAUUUUGUCACAUUAGAUUAAGCUGAAGUCCAUUAGCUACACGGAUACAGAUGCAGAAAUAUAGGCUAUAAUAUAUUAUUUCAUAUUUGUAUAAUUGUAGUUUGUGUUGCUCUCAAAAUACAAUUAUAAAUGCUAACAAUAGCAUUUUAAUAAAGUUGUAUUCUCACACAUACUAUAGUUGUGUGUGAUUUUGUUGUUAUUUUUUAACUAAAGGGGGCACCACAGUAAAAGUCCACUUGGGGCACACAUGGCCAGCAGCAGCCCUGAAUACUGUAAUUUCUUGCUUUCUUUACAAUGUAUCGGUUAUUUUUCUCAAAUGAGACCGCUUGAUGAUGACCUAUACAGACGACGAGGCAGCUGUAGUUCCCAGCCGAUCCCCGUAUUACAGCGUUGUCAUGCUAAAUGAGUUAAAUGAAAUCAAACACAGUAUAAUCAAUGUAGGUCCAUGUAACACUUCACAAUUCUGUUUUUCCUCUUUUUUUCAAUUUUACAUUUGCUAAAUUAUGACUUGAGACUUUUUUAUUUUUUCAUUUGAGUGCGCCAGAGUGCUUCAUUUACAUGUUAAAUUCUCAAUUUUUCUCUUGGCUAGGGGCCCGCAGACCCCCUUAAAAAGAUUUUAUUCGGAACCUUGUCACCUUUUUCACUUCUUGUGAGUUUGCAGGUAUGAGUGUUACAACCCUGCGCUUUCUCUUCUUGCCUUCUGGAGGUGGGAUGACCUGGGAGGGUGUGGUUGAUUGUACACCCCUGCUGAGUUGUAUUUAGAGGCAGUGAAAUGCAGCGCUGAGCAUGAGGACACAGUGGUAGCUGCGGAAGAGUUUUAGAAAGAGAACCGCAGUUAGCUGUGCAAAAACUGGAAUUUGAGAGAGAAUGAAAGAGUGUUUCUUAGUCACAUAGUUAGCCUAUGUGAUUCAUUGCUGAUCAUAAUUGGUGCCCCACUUAAUGUUUUGUUUUAAAAAGUUAUUGUAUGUUAAUAUGUUGUUCUAUAGCUGACAAUCUACGUUUCUUCUUUUUUAUAGAAUGUAUCAUAUCGUGGAGUUUGUCAAUUCAAAGGAGGUUGAAGUUGUCCACUCUAAUUGGCUGGAAGGAGGCGAAAGUUUCUGGCCCCCUUUUGUAUCUCUUGCAAAGCUCCGUAGGGCAACUAAAGAUGGGGUGAUGCCAGGUGCUGACUGGACUCGAUUCAGAGUCCGUGUGAUGUAUUCACAUGACGUGUAUGAGAUUGCCUGUGCAAAGCUGCUAGAGGCAACAAUUACCUCUGAUCUAAAUACUGAAGAUGAGGACAACAGGCCAGAGUACAUGAAGAGAAAGAAUAGAGGUUGUAAAAGAAUUGUAAGCAGCAGUGAAGAGGAGGAAGAGGAGCAGGGAAGGACCGCUGCACUUCGUGCCCCAACCAAAAAGAAAACUUACACUCAACUUGCACCAGCCCCCUGCAUCCCAUCUCUUGGUGCUCUAGGUGAAUGGAGUCAGCCAGCUGGUCAAGGUUUUUGGUCCCCAGGCCAUAUUUCAGAGACCACAGUGGAUCCCCCUUCUGAUGCAAACAACUCGGCAGCAAGUCCGCGGGCUUCUCCCCUUUCAGCGAACAUCACAGCGCUUAGUCCACCACCGUGGUCUCCAGUCUCCACUACCAACAGCCUGAGUGCUACACCUACAGACACCCCAACCCAUGCAGCAGCUGGCAGAAGUCAGACAUCAGGCCAAACUGGAUUUCAACUCACACCACAAGUAUAUGACACACAACACAGGUCUUCUCGGGAGGCUGUGCCUACAGCAAUUGCUAAGGAGAUCCUCAUCCAGCUCGAUUCUAUUAGAGAGCAGCAGUUGCUCAUCCUGGUGCAGCUCCAAAAAAUCUCCAGCAGUCAAGCAGUUCCAGACUUCACGCCAGACCCAACACAUUUUGGGCUCCCACUUUCAACUAUUGAGGAGCUACAAUGUUUGGAGGAGACAUUAAAGAAUCCAGAGGAGAAGAAGAAUUUGACUGUUCUUCUUGGAAUGGUCGGAGGCAUGACUCUUAAAGACACAGUGGGGCGGGUCCUGAAAAGAACAAUGAACUCUUCACUGGCGAGACUCAUUAAUUGGAGCGGGGCCAACCGAAAGCCUGCAUUCAAAGGGCUCACUUUGAAAAGUGUGGUUCUUGAUGCAGUCCGCCGGAAUGCCCUGACCAAAGAUAAUACAGAAAAGGAGAUAGAGCUCCUCAUCACCAGGUGGCUGCAGCUAGCAUCUGAUAGGGAUGGUGGCCGAAGCCAGAGGGCGAAUAGACAGACAAUGAAUUAAACUGUUUUUUAAAGUUAAAAAAUGUUGAUAUUGGAAAAAUUCUUAUUUGAACUGAUUGAUUUUUUUUUUGUGUGUGUGUGUGUGAGAGAGAGAGAGAGA